CCUCCUCCUUACUUUAACUGCCAGGUCUACACAGGCAGCUACAGGUAGCUUCAGUGUGGACACAGGCAACAAACAACAGAGCAAGCUUCGUUGUUCUCACCAUUUGACUCUGGAACAGUAAGUGAUCCUCUGCAGUCAUGCCCCCCCCAGGAGUGUGUCUGAACAUUGUAGAGGCCCGUCACAAACAGGAUGGUCAGGGGAGCAUCUCAAACCCCAGCUUCCUCUUCGGCCAAGACUACCUGCAGUUGAAGGAGUUCUGUAUCACCAAAAGAGUCAAAUUUAUUGACAACAUGUUCCCUCCUGACAUGAGGUCCAUCGGCCAGGGUCUCCUGAGCCCCUCUCAUCUGGCCCAUGUGGUUUGGCUCAGGCCUGCGAAAAUAGUACAGAAUCCAUCCUUCGUGGUUCGUGAGUUUUCAAGGUUUGACUUUUGUCAAGGAAUACUUGGAAACUGCUGGUUUCUAGCUUCUAUCGGUGCGCUGACCUUUCAUGAUAAGAUCCUCAUGCAAGUUGUUCCUGUUAAACAAGGGUUUGAGGAAAACUACUGUGGCCUGUUUCACUUCAGGUUUUGGAGAUUUGGAAAGUGGGUGGAUGUUGUAAUCGAUGACAAACUGCCAACUAUUAAUGGAAGACCAAUCUUUGUUCAGUCAAAGAAACAGAAUGAGUUCUGGCCCUCCCUCCUUGAGAAAGCAUAUGCCAAGGUUUGUGGCUCCUAUGCUGACAUGAAUGCUGGAACUCUUGCCGAGGCUAUGGUGGACUUCACUGGAGGUGUCCAUAUGUGUAUCCAGCUGUCCAAUCCUCCUUCAGACCUGUGGGAGUCAAUGUCUAGGGCUGGACGCUUUGGUGCUUUGAUGGGCUGUAGUACACCAAAAGGGGAGUCCCCCUCUCUCAGCUUAUGCCCCAACGGGCUGGUUCAGGGCCACGCUUACACAGUGACGGGUGUCAUACAGGUGAUGAGCAGAGGGAAACCUGUGAAAAUAGUGCGUCUGUGGAAUCCCUGGGGAAAGGGGGAGUGGAACGGAGAUUGGAGUGAUCAGUCUUCAAUAUGGAAAACUGUGAGCCCCCAAGACCGGGAAAAAUGCCUUUCAGUGGCUGAAGAUGGGGAGUUUUGGAUGACACUGGAGGAUCUCUGUGAAUUCUACACAGAGCUGGACCUGUGCGGUCUGAAUCCAGACUUCCUGGAUGAAGAUUCCUCUGGCCUCUGGAGGAGCUCUAUAGCUGAGGGCCGGUGGGUCGCAGGAACAACAGCUGGAGGUUGCAUGAAUAAUAGAGAGACCUUCUGGACCAAUCCACAGUUCCGAAUCAAGGUGUGGAAAGAAAUUUCAACCAGAACUGCUGCGAAAAACAUGCUGGUGUCUCUCAUGCAGAAACCUGACAAGAGAAACAGACGCUUGGUGCAAAACUUCCACAUUGGGUUCACGGUUUUUGAGGUGAAGGAAAAGGAUCAGCCCCACAAAGGAAAAUUUCCAGCUUCCUUCUUUAGCGCCCAAAAACCUGCUGCCCAAACUAAAACCUUCAUUAAUGCGCGUGAAGUGAUGGAGUUCCUCACUUUGAUGCCUGGGGAAUACGUGAUCGUGCCAUCCACCUUCAAUCCCAAUGAGACAUCUUCAUUCAUCCUGACCAUUAACUGCAGGACAGAGACCCUCUGCUAGUAUGUCUCUACUCUCUGCAUCUAUAUGUGUUGUUUUAUACUUUAUUAGCUUCUAAUUAGGAAAAAUGUCUUCUUCCCAAGCGAAAACUCUGGUGAGAUCUUGUCUAAGCCAUGUGAGAAAACGAUGAAGCUGGAGAUCAGGCAGCUGGAUGAAAAAAAACAAGUUCUGUUUCGUCAAUAUUCAGACAAGUAUGAAGAAGUGGAUGCUGAGCAAGUCCAGAGGAUUUUAAAUGAGAAGCUUCUGAAAGAAGACCUGAUAUCUGAAGGCUUCAGCAUCGACGCUUGCAGGAGCAUGGUGGCUCUCAUGGAUGUAUCCUGCUCUAAAGCUGAGUAUACGACCUGCUCUAACAAGACAGCAGGCUUCUCCCAUUUUCAUCUAGAACUAUUUAGAUUAGACAAAGAUAAACUGAACAAAAAAAUACGAUAAUUACUUAAUUAACCU